AUGGUCCAAGUGGGAGACCCGCUGCAUCCGCCGCGUGUCUGUGGCUUUGGGGCCGUCUCGAACCCCGAAACAGCGAGAGGUGCCUGGUUCGAAUCCCCGGGUCGCGGGAGACUCUCGGCCAAUAGAGUCGACGGAGCCGACAAACCGGCUGUGUCGGCCGUUGGAGUGUCUCCUCCCCACACUCGUGCGAGUAAUCCACGAUUGCUGUGGCGCGCUAAGCCCUGGCCUGGACCCUCGAGGGAAGCGAUUCUGCAGAGAACAGGCCCCCCGGAGAUGGCGGCGCCAGACAACACCCCUCGCUGCACAGUGCCCAAGGCGGACUGGCAGGUCGACUUUUUUAUUUUACUAUUUUACUAUUUUACUAUUGUUGCUGUUGUUGCUGUUGUUAUUCUUGUUUAUAAUUUUUUGAUCUAUAACUACUGCUGCUGCCCUGAACCCAGUAAAAUGGUCGCCUUCUUUGAUUCCAUCCCCGAAGAUCUCAAACUUUGGCUCCUCUCCCAGCCCGUCUUCUUCGUCGCAUCUGCCCCCUCCAUCGCUGCCCACAUCAAUCUCUCCCCAAAGGGUCUCCCAUCUGCCUCUCUCGCCGUCCUCUCCCCAAACCAUAUAGCCUACCUCGAUGCCAAUGGCUCGGGCAACGAGUCAAUCAGCCACAUCCGUGAAAAUGGCCGCAUGACCAUCAUGUUCUGCUCCUUCGAUUCCGUCCCCCGCAUCCUCCGUCUCUUCUGCUGCUCAGGCACUGUCAUCGAAUGGGAUCACCCCAGAUUCCACCCAACGCUAGACCGCAUGAAACCCCACGUCACGCACUACAACCCGGACAAUUUCCCCGGAACAAGGGCAAUCAUCGACCUGCACGUCUUCCAGGUCCAGACUUCCUGCGGCUAUGGCGUCCCCCGUCUCGCCCUCUCCACCGACCCUGACUCAAAUGCCCCAAGACCAUGUCUCUGCGACAGAGACACCAUGGCCCAGUGGACCGCUAACAAGAUCGCUUCCAACAAGCUGCACGCCUGGCAGGCUGAGAUGAACUCACACAGCAUCGAUGGCUUACCCGGCCUGAGAGUCGCCAUGCGUGAUCGGGCCAAGGGGAACCCGGUCCAGAUGUUGCUCGUCGAUCUGCGUAUCUGGCUCUGUAGAUAUCGGAGGGCGACCGAGUUGGUGGCUGUCAUGUUGUUUUCCGUUAUAAUUACAACUGUUGUGUUGAAAGGUUUAUCUCUGUAG